AUGGUUAAGGCUGUUGUUCUCGGAGCCGCUGGCGGCAUUGGCCAACCCCUUUCUCUUCUGUUGAAAGCUAGCCCUCACGUGGAUGAGCUUGCCCUUUACGAUGUUGUCAACACUCCUGGUGUUGCCGCUGACCUUUCUCACAUUUCCUCCGUUGCUAAAAUCACCGGCUACCUCCCCAAGGACGAUGGCUUGAAGAAGGCACUGACUGGUGCUGACAUUGUUGUCAUCCCCGCCGGCAUUCCCCGCAAGCCCGGUAUGACCCGUGAUGACCUCUUUAAGAUCAAUGCCGGUAUCGUGCGUGGUCUUAUUGAGGGCAUUGCUGAAUUUGCCCCCAAGGCCUUCAUCCUGGUUAUCUCCAACCCUGUCAACUCCACAGUCCCUAUUGCCGCCGAGGUGCUCAAGGCUGCUGGUGUCUUUGACGCUAAGCGUCUGUUCGGUGUGACCACUCUGGAUGUUGUCCGUGCCGAGACUUUCACCCAAGAGUUCUCCGGUCUUACAGACCCCUCCAAGGCCACUGUGCCCGUUAUUGGCGGCCACUCCGGCGAGACUAUCGUCCCUCUGUUUAGCAAGGUUGCUCCCAACUUUAAGAUUCCCCAGGACCGUUACGAUGCUCUUGUCAACCGCGUCCAAUUUGGUGGUGAUGAGGUUGUCAAGGCCAAGGACGGUGCUGGCUCUGCUACCCUGUCCAUGGCCUUUGCUGGUUUCAGAUUCGCCGAGGCUGUGAUUAAGGCAUCCAAGGGCGAGAAGGGUAUCGUCGAGCCUACUUUCGUCUACCUGCCCGGUGUUACUGGCGGUGAUGAGAUUGUCAAGGCUACUGGUGUUGAAUUCUUUUCCACUCCUGUGGAGCUCGGCCCCAACGGCGCUGAGAAGGCCAUUAACAUCUUGGACGGCGUGACUGACCAGGAGAAGAAGCUCCUCGAGGCUUGCCUUGUUGGACUCAAGGGCAACAUCGAAAAGGGUGUUGAGUUCGUUAAGAACCCCCCCUCCCAAAUAGGCUUUAAGCGUGAGAUCAUGAUAUUAUGA